GUUUAGUCUCCUGCUGCCACACACUGUUAGUACAUGGAAUAAGAGAGGUCUUUGUCCAUGUCAACCCUCCACAUCACAGUCUGCAGACAGUGGUCCGUCUAUAGGCGUUGCUGAGUGUCAGAGUUAAGAUCUAUGCUGUAGAUCUAUGCUUUAGAUCUAUGCUGUAGUGACACAGCACAGAGUUCAUGAAGAGUAGGUAGGGGGAUAACAUCUGAUCAGACCAUGUCAGACAAUCUCCUGGAAGAGAUCUUUAUAAAACGCUCCCAGCAGAAGAAGAAGACUUCCCCUUUAAACUUCAAAGAGAGGCUGUUCAUCCUCACACAGGACAAGAUCGCCUACUACGACUAUGAUCUGGACAAAGGGAAAAAGAAGGGGUUGAAAGGCACCGUGGGCAUCGAUAAGAUCAAGUGUGUGGGGACAGUACAGCCGGAGCCCAGUGCCCCCGCGGAGCGCCAGUACCCAUUCCAGAUAAUCUACGAUGAGGGCCCACUUUACAUAUUCGCCAAGAGCGACGAGGUCCGAAAGCAGUGGAUCCACAAGCUGAAGCAUGUGGUGCGUUUCAACAAGGACCUGAUGCAGAAGUACCACCCAUGCUUCUGGAUGGACGGCAUGUGGCAGUGCUGCCAGCAGGAAGUCAAACAAGCUAUGGGCUGCAGGGUGCUGGAGAACAAGAAUGUAGGGGUUUCAAAGGGGUCUCGGAGGCAAUCCAGAAAACCCCUUCCACCUACGCCAGAAGAGGAGAAACCUUUGAGGCCUUUACCUCCGCAGCCUCCCGAGGAGCCUGCUCUCACCACAGGCAUGACGGUGGUCGCUGAGUACGAGUACACACCCUCCACGCCCCAGGAUCUGGAGCUGAGGAAGGAUGAGGAGUACAUCAUUCUGGAGAUGUCUGACUCCAACUGGUGGAGGGCCAGGGACAAAUACGGCAAGGAGGGAUACAUUCCCAGUAAUUACGUUGUGGAGGCUGGAAAUGAACUGGAAAAGUUUGACUGGUACUACAAGAGCAUGAACCGUAGCCAGGCAGAGAAUCUGUUGAAGACAGAGAACAAAGAUGGUGGUUUCUUAGUACGAGACUCAAGCAAAGCUGGGAAGUACACCGUUUCUGUGUUCACCAAGGGCGGGGAGACUGCGGGUAACUGCAGACACUACAACAUCUGCACCACCCAACAAGGCCAGUUCUACUUGGCAGAGAAGCACAAUUUCAGCAGCAUCCCAGACCUCAUUAACUACCACCAGCACAAUGCAGCAGGUAUGGUCAGCAGGCUGAAAUACAUUGUGUCAAGUCGUGCAAAAAAUGCCCCUUCCACAGCAGGGCUUGGUUACGGGGUAUGGGAGAUUGACCCACGCCACCUCACCUUCAUCAAGGAGCUGGGCAACGGGCAGUUUGGAGUGGUGAAGUAUGGGAAGUGGCAGGGCCAGCAUGACGUGGCCAUCAAGAUGAUCAAGGAGGGCUCCAUGUCUGAAGACGACUUCAUAGAGGAGGCCAAAGUCAUGAUGAAACUCCGCCACGAGAACUUGGUUCAGCUGUACGGCGUGUGCACCAAACAAAGGCCCAUCUACAUUGUCACAGAGUUCCUCUCCAACGGCUGCCUACUCAGCUAUCUGCGGGAAGGGCUGAAGCAGCAUCCAUCCCCCGUCCAGCUCCUGGAAAUGUGUAAAGACGUCACAGAGGGCAUGGCCUACCUGGAGGCUCAGCAGUACAUCCACAGAGAUCUGGCUGCAAGAAACUGCUUGGUAGAUACCAAUGGGACCAUUAAAGUCACUGACUUUGGACUGUCGAGGUAUGUCCUGGAUGAUGAGUACACCAGCUCUGCAGGCUCCAAGUUCCCAGUGCGCUGGUCUCCUCCUGAGGUCCUGCUCUACUGUAAAUUCAGCAGCAAGUCAGACAUCUGGGCUUAUGGGGUCUUAAUGUGGGAGGUCUACACCUUAGGGAGGCUUCCCUACGAACGGUUAAACAACAACGAGAUAGUGGAACAGGUGUCCCGAGGCCAUCGCCUCUAUCGCCCCCAGUUGGCCAACGACAGAGUCUACACCAUCAUGACCAGCUGUUGGCUGGAUAAGGCGGACGAGAGACCCACCUUUCAGGAGCUGUCGGUGACUGUUCAGGACUUGCUCUAUGAGCUCCAGUAGAUCCAACCACCACAUUCUGAGAUUGAAACACAGUUCGCAGACUCAUCCCUCUGGCAGAUACACUUCCUCACGCAGAGCAGACUCAAGGCUUCAUCCCCUCAGGGCCUCAUUCAUUCUGUGCAUCAGCCAUUGAGGAACCUGCUUUAGGAGAAGUAGAUAAAACUGUUAAAGAAGGAUCAGCCAUCCUAUAGGAGAGCUGAGAGAUGCUAUAUGGUUGAACAUGGGACUCCCAUGAUGAACUUCAGUAGUGAAAUAAAACAUUAUUUGAUGAAUGUAUCUGUUGGUUAUUGAGAACAUGCUAGAUAUGAAACGUUUUUCCUUAUUUAUUUUGUAUGUUUUAUUUUAUUACUAUCAUUGGUGAACUGCAUUCAAUCAUAUAUAUAUAUAUACAUACAUACAUACAUACAUACAGGCCUAUCUGUUUCUGUAAGAGUUCAUGUUUCUUUUCUAUGUCUAGCCACUGAAAUGUAUAGUAAGAAGAAAUACCCUUUAUCAACUGAAAAUGUAGCUAUGUUCUUUCAUUAAACGAUUGAGAAAGAACAGUAGCCUACCUUGCAGUGUCUGAGCCUCGGUAUCUUAGAGAAACAUAUUGCAUAUAAUGACAAUAUGGAUAAAGUCGAUAAAGCUUGAUAACAAAAUGUUUUGGUGACUGUAGCAUGUCCCCACAUCCAAUGGAAUUUACUGUUCUUAGUGGCGCACUUUCUGAUUGGUCCAGCACUCUUCCGUUUCCUGUGAUGCGCAAGCCGAUUCACACACGUGAAGGUCAGGAACUGCAGUCAAUCGUUUACAAUUAUCAAAUAAUUGUACAUUUCUGUCUAAUUUAUAAGCGAUUUGUGCAUGAACAUGGAAAACCAAGGAGCCACAGCAGACCCUCAGCUUCAGCAAUUCAUCGAAAUCGAGUCCCAAAAACAAAGGUUUCAGCAGUUGGUCCAUCAGAUGACUGAAGUGUGUUGGGAGAAAUGCAUGGACAAACCUGGGCCCAAGCUGGACUCCCGGACAGAGAUCUGCUUUGUGAACUGUGUAGAGCGCUUCAUUGACACAAGCCAAUUCAUCCUGAACAGACUCGAACAAACACAGAGGAGUAAGGGCUCCUUCUCAGAAUCCAUGUCUGAAUAGUCUAGCAACAACCUCCACUGGAUAGACUGACAAGGCGCUGAACAGCCAAUCAAGUUGUUUUACAGCAAUGCCAGCUUCCUAUAUGGUGCAAUGAGAACACUGUCCAAUAACCAGGUGGGGAAGAAACAAGUCGUUUUGAUAAGUGCCUCGGUUUUGCACCUUGUAUCAUGUCACCUAGCCAAGUCCUCUCUCACCUAGCGGGACAUGAGAUUAAGUGCAGUAGUAACAAUUCUGGUUGGUAGCUAGCUAAUAUCUUCAUAUUGUUGGUGUUUCUGAAACUGUAGUAAAUUGAAUGAGCCUGUUGCAUGUCAAUCAUAUCAUGGAAACUGAGAUGGGAGAACUUAAUUAGUAUGCUUUUAUGACAAGCUUACCCAGCUGUAGAGGUUGUCCUGGGGCAGAAACAAAGAGCCAAAAAUCUGGGACAUUCAAUUUGACACCGCGUCGGAAAGCCACAAAAACUCACUGCAUUCAGUACCAAGUCAGAGUACGAACAAUGUCUUGUUGGGAAAAGGGCACGAUCUAUGGCUGAAACAAGUGUUCCAUUGUAUAUAUGCAAUAAACAAAAAUCGUAUUG